GUUUAUUCUUGAUUCUUUAUUGAAAAAGGUCGCAAAAUAGUUACUCCAUCAAAUAAUAUAUGGACAGAUAAAUGACCUUGUAGAGCAGUUAUUUAGAAGAUUUGAAGAUACUGACAUGAUGCAUGUAUUAACCCCUGAUAGCACACGUACAUCACGGAGACGUCUGUUUGAUGUCUGCAUUUACAUCUGCAAGACACAUUUUUUUGAGUGUUUGCUCAUCUGCAAGACGUCUAUAGGCCGUUUCCUAUCAGAUGUCAAAUAGAUGUUUAUUAGAUGUCUGUAAGAUGUUUAUGAUUUAGAAUGUAGAUAAAACUGACGUCUUAAAGAUGUAUGUCAGAUGGUUGUGCACAGCAGAUGCUUUCCAGAUCGAGCGAUCUUUAACAGACAUGUUGCAGAAGUACGUGUGCUAUCUGGGAAGAUGCUUAUUCUUCAACUUAUAAUUAAGUAGGUGAGACUAAAUUGCAUUUGGCAUUCAUUUGGCAAUUAGUGAAAGCAGUUAGUAAAAGAACAUAAACUGAUCUUCACUGGUGUUCCAUAGAAUGAUGGGUUCGGUUUCAUAAGUAACAGUAUUUUUAACUACAUUAGCUGGCAUUAAUUUGAUACUUAACAUGAAUAUUGUCUGCGACAAGCGAUGUUAAAGGUGUUUUAAGAACAAAAAGCAGCAGCGAUCAAUAUGGCCUGUCAUAUAUAUCCAUGGGCUUGGGACUGAAAUAUGCAAAAAUAAGAGUUUAUUGAAGAGAACAGUGAGAACAUGAUCCAGAAUCCUGCAGUAUGAAACCUAAGAUACUGAAAGACAAAGAGGUCUGAUGGACGUGAAAGAGGAAUGUAAAAACCUGAAUGAGGUGGAGGAGCAACAUCAUCACUCCAUCACUGACGAAAAACCUUUGACUCUCUCACAAAAAACAGCCAAAAUCAAGAAGUCUUACAUCUGCCCUCAGUGUGGAAAGUGUUUUGCAGGUAAAUCACGACUCGAGCGGCAUAUUAGAAUUCACACCGGAGAAAAACCGUUCGCGUGUUUUGUGUGCGCAAAGAGUUUCGCAUGUAAAGAAAGACUCGACAGGCAUGUAAAAAUCCACACCGGAGAGAAGCCUUUCACUUGUGAAUGGUGCGGAAAGCGUUUGGCGUGUAAAACGAGACUCAAGAGGCACAUGAUAACCCACACUGGAAAAAAGCCUUACGUGUGCUUGCAUUGUGAAAGGAGCUUCACAACUAACACAAACCUACAGCGGCACGUUAAACUCCACACUGGAGAAAGGCCUCACACGUGCCAAGAGUGUGGAAAGAGCUUCAUACGCAAGGAAAAGCUCAGGUUUCACAUGACAAUCCACACUGGCGAGCGACCUUACAGUUGCGAACAAUGCGGGAAGAGUUUCCGACACAUCAACGGCCUCAAAGAUCACCAGCUCUCUCACGCCGCAGAGAGGUCUUUUAACUGUGAUCAAUGCGGUAAGGAUUUUAUUACUGCGUCUGCACUGAAGAGACACUUGAGAGUUCAUUCAGGUGAGAAGCCUUUCUUGUGCUCUCUGUGUGGAAAGAGUUUUGCACGGGUGGACUGCUUUAAAAGGCAUCAGGAGGUCCAUAGUGGUGUGAAGGAUCAUGUGUGUUAUGAAUGCGGGAAGGCUUUUAUUACAUCCGAUCAGCUCAAGCAGCACCAGAGGAUUCACACUGGAGAGAAACCGUACAAGUGCUCCCUUUGUGGGAAAAGUUUCGCUCAGUCGCCGCACCUAAAAGCACACGAGAAAAGCCACACCACUGAGAGCCAUCUGGUAAUAAGUGAUCAAAUCAUCUACUGAUUCACAUGGAAAAUGCAUGAGGGAAUCUGAAUCCCAAAAGGAAUGAAAGUGACCAACAUUGCAUAUGAAUACUGUAAAUAAACCGUUCUAUGACCAGGUC